AUGUAUGAAAAGUUGGAUCAUCAAAAUAAACAUUCGAACUCAAAUCAUGACCAUUGGUAUGAUUAUCGCGCUGAAUAUGUAGAUUUUGAACUUCGGGAUAAGUUUAUUAAAUCAAAACAAGAUGAAGAAACUUGCGAAUUUUUAAAUAAUUGCUAUGUCAAAUCUGACUGGUUAUUUACACACUUUUAUCAUGCUAUUGCUAAAGCUGUUUGA